CAUCUGAAGGCCACACCAAGUUUGGAGAGAGCUUUGGCUAUUGACUCUGCAAACAGUUGCGCGACUUCUGCGCACUGUGCGCUUCAGCAUGCGCUGACCCCAGUGCCCUGUCAUGUGUCGUGGCCUACCACUUGGUGGUUGAGUGGCUGUUGUUCCCCCCAGUUGCUUCCACUUUGUUAUAAUCCCACUAACAGUUGAGCGUGGAAUAUUUAGUACCAGGAAAUGUCACGGAUGGACUUAUUGCCCAGGGGGCCACCUAUCACGGGACCACGCUUGGAGUCACUGAGCUCCUGAGAGCGACCCAUUCUUUCACCAAUGUUUGUAGAAGCCGUCUGCAUGCCUAGGGGCUUGAUUGUAUACACCCUGUGUCCAUGGAGGGGAUUGGAACACCUGAAUCACAUGAUAUGGAGGGGAUUGGAGCACCUGAAUCACAUGAUUGGAGAGGAUUGGAACA